ACGUCGAUGAUGAUAACGUCACGUCUGGUCUGGUCGUCUGUUUUUUUCACGCUGCAAAAUGUAACGGUAGAGAACCAGAGACGGCUUCCUUCUUUUUAAAUAAUUGAAAAGUGUAUAAGUUCUUACAAAUCGUAAUACCUUUUCAUGUGUUUUUUCUCAAAUUCUAGUAAUUCUUGAAAUAUUCAUUUUUAUUCAGUGUAAGCAAUCAUCAGUUCAGACUCAUAGUUGAUUGAGAUUCUCCAGGAAACAGAAUUGCUCUGUUGUUAAAUUCAUUAUUCAGGUCAUGGCAGAAAAGCAAGUAAAAAAAACUAAACGACGUCGCCUGGACCUCAAUGAUGUCUAUGAGGUAGAAAGAAUUGUAGAUCAUGCACCCAUAGAAAAUUCACGGAACAAGUACCUCUACUUCAUCAAGUGGAAAGGCUGGCAUCAAAGUCACAACACUUGGGAACCAUUGGAUAACCUUAACUGUGACAACAAAUUAAAUGAAUACCUUUCAAAACUUAUUGUUGCUCCGAGUGACGAGAAAAAAAUCGAAGAAAUCAAAAUGAGUAUGAUGACACUUGAAGAGGGCUAUAUCAAGAAUUUACUAUCGGAGAACAAAAUUGAUGGAAAAAUCCAGAUACCGGAAGUAAACAGGUCCCUCAUCAAAACAAUCCUUUAUUUCUUAGCUUCGAUGCCAGAGGAAGAAUGGGAUUUGGCUCUCAGAGACAAGCUAAAAAGUCUUAUUGAUCUUGAAGUAUUAAGUGACCUCCGAACGACUCAGUUAGAGUCUCUACAACUGUGGGAAAAGAAAAUGAACGACAUCUGCAGUAGUAAAUUUCCAUUGAAAGUAGAAAACGAUGUAGAUUUGGAAGGUGCACCUCCGAAAUUCAUAUACAUCACUGAAAAUGUAAGUGCAGAGGGUAUUGUGAUCCCGUCAGACCCACUUGUUGGGUGUGAUUGUGGAUUGUGGUGUAAAGGCACUUCAUCCAAAUGCUGUUCUUCAUCUGCGAAUUCGGUGUAUGCAUACUCCAAAGGAAAACUAAGAAUAGAUCCAGGAAUGCCCAUUUAUGAAUGUAAUAAACGCUGCUCUUGCGGACCAGAAUGUGCCAAUCGAAUGAUUCAGCAUGGACGUUCCAAGCGACUCAGUAUCUUCCGAACCAGAAACCAAUGUGGGUGGGGUUUGAAAGCGCGCGAUAGAAUUUCCAAAGGAACUUUUAUCACUCAAUAUGUUGGGGAAAUAAUUACCAAUGAAGAAGCUGAACAGCGUGGAAUGAGGUAUGAUGCAGAUGGCAGAACGUAUCUAUUUGAUUUGGAUUUCAAUGGGGAAGAAAACGCCUACACAAUUGACGCAACCAUGUAUGGAAAUGAGUCUCAUUUCAUUAAUCACUCUUGUGAACCCAACACUGCAAUUUAUGCUGCGUUCAUAAAUUGUUUAGAUCCAAACCUUCCAUUGCUAGCCAUCUUCGCAGUUCGUGAUAUCAUGGCUGGAGAGGAAAUAACCUUUGACUACUCAAGUCAACAAAAUGGUAAAUCUAUUUCUGCUGAGGACAAUGAAGGGAAGGUCUUUGAAAAUUACUUGUGUAAAUGUGGUUCAGCAAAUUGUAGAAAGUACCUAUUUACAUGAUAUUCUGCAGCUCCAUGAAUAAAAGAGUCAUGUAUUUAUGUACUUUAUAUUGUUAUAAUGAGAUAGUUGCACAUGUCGCAGAAUCAUGUUUUUAUGGUUCAUGAUUAAAAAACUUGGAUCUGUCCAAGAUGCCAAGUUACUACUUCAAAUAAUGGUUGAAACAAAACACAGCACAUUGUGUCAUUCUCUAAGGUAGUGCAUUCCUUAUGCUUCUUCCUUGUAGGCAUGAUCAAAAUCUUACUAUCAGAGCAUCACUGAUCAAAAAUUCCAAGGUGAAGGAAACAACACAAAGGCACUUCUUCAGUGUUUAAAUUUCACAUACCAUUUGUUUCAAAGAGCUUUGAUCCCGUUCAUAGUGGACCGAAAAACUUGGCACGGACAGAUUUUCUUGUUUUUUAAUAUACAACCAUUUAAACAGUAUUUUUUGAUGCGUGCAAUAGAUCGAUUUGUGUAUACGUUACAAGUAAAUUGUCUUCAAAAAAUACUGUCUCCAAAAAGACUCGUCUAUUUUGCUUCAACAAGAAUUUUGAUUUUUAUCAGUUUUUGAGUCGAAGAAAAACAUUUUUAAUGUAUUGACAAUAACUAGGACUGAAUUGAAUCCUUUGCUCCCCUUUCUCAUUGAAGCACGAAUUUUUGUAUUUUCCUUCAUCGAUGAUCUUCCUAUGUCAUUUAUGAAAUGGACAAAUAAUGGUGCACGACUUUUACCUACCAAGGAUAAUUUUUUUUGUUAAUCUUAGUUUAAAUUUAUCGCUUUACUCGCCUUUAUUCUUAGUUACUUCUUUAGCAGUUAUUUUUAUAGUCUUCAAGAUGGUUCAAGAAUUUUGAAGUUUUAAUUAGUUUUAAUGAGCCCUCCUAGACCCUAAUCAAGAACCCUGAACAUCAGCAUAAAAUUUUAUUUAAAUCUAAAGUGAGGUUCAAUUUUUUAGCUUGUAUAGAAAACCAUAUCGCAUUUUCAUUUAUCCUGCAACCGUAUUAUGAAAGUUAAGUAAAUUGAAACUUUUAGAGAGACUUGAAAUCACUGAAAAGAGUAAUGAACUACAUUCCGCAUGAAUAAAUAUGAGAUUUCAGCUGAUUUGUCCAGCAGUCAUAGUCAAAUUAAUGUUUUUGAGUCUUUAAAGGCCCUUUUCAAAGAAAUUGUCCGACUCUGAAAAUAAUCUGAUUGUGGUUCCUCAAAAUAUUCUCCAUCGAGCGACGUAUAUCUUUGAGUGUGACUAAUCUUUUUAGAUUUUGUCUACCUCAGUUUUUACCCUGCUCUAAAAAGUUAGAUUCCCAAGUUCCUUUCCUCCUUGUUUCUCAUCGUCAGUUCCAUUUAGAUAGUUGCUGGUAGCAUAUAAAAAUCUGUUUAGAGACUCAUGUCAGACCAAUCAAAAGUACGGAUAAUACUAAUUGCAGUUACCUCAUUCUUAACCAUGAGAAUAUCAUUACAAUGAUCUCGUAUCGGUAGUAGUCUCCUCAACCUCGUUCAUCUUUUCUCUAAAUGACAGAUGAGUCAUGUUUUUUAAAAAUGGGGUAUUAUAACAAUUUUAAGGGACUAUAUUUGUUUCAAAUAAAAAUCUUGAAACUGAUCUCGACUGAAGCAGUACAGAAAUUCAGAAGUUUUGUAAAAUCUUUUCCUGUUUUUAAGGAAGCAGUGCUUUGAUGUGAAUUUUUAAUCUUUGAAACCCCUUUUGACAUCAAGAAUGUAUCAUAAAUAUUUACAUAUGUUUCACUGGCAAUUUUUAAUUGAAAUGAUCUCCUGUUGUAAAAAGACACAGCUAGCAGCCCAAAAGGAGCGUCAGGAUCUAUAACUAUAACAAUAUUCAUGUAAUCUUUUAGCCAAAGAGAAGUGUCAAAUUUUAAAAAGACCUUGUUAGGAGCAAUGAAUACAUUGCUCUUUUUUUAAUUUACAGUUUUGCGAUUUGAAAUUCCUGUACGGCCAACUUGACCUUCAGCUACAUGUAGCAGUUUUAGGAUGCAGUCUACAAACUCUAGAAUUAUUAAUUUAUUACGAUUGUUAUCUUUGAUCUCUUUGUCUGAAAAUUUUAUUACUUCAUUAGAUUUUUAGAUGUUAGAAAGUCUAUUUCAGAUACGAAUUCCCAUCCCCAAACAAUAGUUCAUAUUGUUAACUGAUUUCUAAAAAGAGAAUACGUGACUGGAACAAGCUUUUAUGCACCAGGCUCAAUUAUGAGACUACAGGAAAAUCAGAAAUAUGUAGAUGUAAUAGAAGUAGAGCAGAAUAGUGACAUAAAAAUUUGUAUAAUGGGUGUGUUGCAUGCAAGUUAUAUAGCCAUUUGAACUUCAUGAGGAAAAUCUCACGAAAUUCACGCUGGGCAAGUCAAACAUGUUUGAAAACCUUUCUUUAGCAUACAAUCUGCGUAAUUUGUAAUAAGCUUUUUCAAGUUUCCCGUGUCUGCGCGCAGUUUUUCUCAGUCACCGCCAACCAGGUUUGCAGAGAAGAGGAGUAAAAAAAACUUAUUCUAUUGUAUGAUUUCAAUCGUUUUUAAGUAAUUGUUUCCUUUUUCUUUCUUUAUUUUUCAAAAAUAAAAGCUUUGUAUCACUUAAAAUCUUACCCUAGAGUUCAUGAAGUCAUACUGUAAGUGGGAGAGCUGGCGCCAUGUUCUGCUGGACUAGUUCCGAGCCCUGUGAGCGCUGAGCUUCGGUCACUUUUUCAAUACACGUUCGAUCCAAAAUGGCGGUGUGGAAUACAUGAUAGUUCCGAUCUUCUUUGUUUACAUCGAAUGGCCGGAUACCCGAGAAUCGAAAAAGUGUCAAAGGCGUCACACAAGAGUCUUGGAAUUCGGGACCUGGGAAAUGCUUAAAAGUGGCCCCAGCUCUUUCACUUACAUUACGACUGUUAGUACUCUAUGAAUUUUUUACAAGGAGAGUUUAUGAUAGUUCGCAAGAUUGUUUCUUUCUUUAGAUUAAGUCUCCCUCUGAGCAAACCUGACUGCUGGCCACGAACGUCAACCGCCUGCAUACUUGGUAAAUUUGAAAAAGCGUCUUACAAACUGUGCAGAUUACCCACUAAGGAGUGGAUUUCAGAUUUUUUUUAUGUGCCCAACAUGAUUUUCAAGCAAAUUUACCCGUAUAGCGUGUAAUCAGUUGGCUGUGUUUCUUGCAAGCAACAGACGCAUUCUAAAGAAACAUGUCUUUACCUCUGUUUUUUUCAUAAUGGGCUUCAUCUUCUCUACUUGAUAAAUAAGAACUUUUUAUGAACCUUGAUAGUUAUUAUGAUUAGUUUUACCCUACAUCCUGUUAUCCUUUUUGUAUCUUUUUUAGUUUUUAUGUGUUUCUUUUCUGAUUAGCUCAUUUGCAGAAAGUAAAAUUUAGUCAUUUACA